UUUUUUUUUCUCCCUCCACCCAAAAAAAAAAACAAAAAAUCCCCAAUCUCAGACCCAAAAAUCCCUAAUCUCUUCGUACCCCCCCCUCUCUCUCUCUCGAUCGACGACGAGCGACGGCAGAAGACGGAGAGCGGCAGACGAGGGCGAGCGGCGGUGGCGGAUGACUACGAGCAACAAACGAGGUUGUUGUGUGAAUGGAAAGGGCUCCGGAGUGCAAGAGCAGCAGCAGCAUCAUCAGAGGAGGAGCAGCGUCGGAGCAGCAACAGCAUCGGCCUCCUCUUCCAAAAAUGAGAAUGAACCGGGCAUAUCAGGGGAGGUAGUACAAGAGCCACAUGUUCCAGUGCAGGGUUCCACAGAUACUGAGAUUAUAGGUGAUGGUUUUCGCUGGGGAAAAUAUGGGCAGAAAGUUGUGAAGGGAAAUCCAUAUCCCAGGUGGUAUCCCACUGCCAAUAUUUUUUGAGUGGUGGUUAGCCAAAGAAAAGUUCUCUACAAUUAAAGCAUUUAUUAUAUCUUCAUUUCCUGGAGCAACAUGUCAAGGUUGCAAUGGGUUGAGCAUAAAAUAUCCGAUAAACCAAUAUGAAGCUUUGGAAUAUUUGUUGCAUUUUGAUAUAGUCCUUGCACAAAGGAUAAGGAGGGUUACUAUAUGUUCUACUUUGACCACAUGGCUUCUUUAAUCCCUGUAGUAAUUGAUCCCAAAAUUAUUGAAUUGAGCUUUGUAUGAUAUGAGUUGGAAAUGGAAUUAUAUAUGUAUAUAUGGUUGAGUUGGUGUUCUGGAUUGCACAAACAGAUUGGAGUGGUAAUCAGCAUGUUACAGCUCUGUUUUACUUCAUUAUUUAAAAGCAAAAGUUCAUUUUUGUAUUCA